GCUCCUCCCACCUGCACAUAAAAGCCAAGUGCAUGCUACCAGCAGCAGAUCAGAGCACUUUCCCAGUCCUCCAGUGUUUUGAACCAGUGAUCUUCUCUUCUUGGAUCUUGUAUACUCAAGAAAAGAAAAUGCAGAUUGUCAGAAUCCUUCAAAUUUGAUACUCAGCACUGUUAUGAUCUCCUCAUUACUGGAUGUUGAGUCUGGAUAUCAGAAUCAGUAGAGUGAAGCACUCUCCUGUUAAACUGAGGGACCAACUUAAAAUCAACAAAGUAACAACGUGCCUAACACAAUCAGGAAAUCUAGGUCUCUUAAAGUGAAAAGCAAACAACCUGCCCUUCUUCUGCCCUUUCCUGAAAUCUAAAUGUGAUGGCCGCGCUGCUCUUCCCUGUGCAGCUGCUGGCAGUGGCUGUCACCGUUUACCUGGAGCUGGUGAGGUCUGCUCAAGGAGGUGCCUACUAUGGGAUCAAGCAGCUGCCACCUCAGGUGCCCCAGUACCAACCUCUUGGACAACAAGUACCUCACAUGCCGCUGGGCAAAGAAGGCAUCCCAAUGCAGCACAUGGGCAAGGAGAUGCCCCACAUGCAGUACGGGAAAGAGUACCCCCAUCUGCCUCAGUACAUGAAGGAGAUCCCACAGAGGCCCCUGCUUGGCAAGGAUAUGGCUCCCAAGAAAGAGAAAGAAAUGCCCAUACGCAGUCUGAGGGGUGAGCAAGGCCCCCCUGGUGAGCCAGGACCAAGAGGGCCACCGGGGCCACCUGGAUUACCAGGCCAUGGCGUGCCAGGAGCCAAAGGAAAACCAGGCCCACAAGGAUAUCCAGGAAUUGGAAAGCCGGGUUUGCCAGGGAUGCCAGGAAAACCAGGGGUCAUGGGGCCCCCGGGGCCAAGAGGGGAGAUGGGGCCAAAGGGGGAGAUCGGGCCUAUGGGAAUACCUGGACCACAAGGACCACCAGGACCUCAUGGGCUUCCCGGUAUAGGGAAAGCAGGUCCUCCAGGUCUGCAGGGACAGCCAGGGCCAAAGGGCGAGCCUGGGAUGAAGGGGCCACCAGGAAUCCCUGGGAUCCCAGGGCCUAAAGGGGAGAAGGGCAUUGGGAUCCCAGGUUUGCCAGGUCUGAAGGGUCCACCCGGGCUGCCUGGUCCCCCUGGCCCCGUGGGGCUGCCAGGGGUUGGCAAACCAGGCAUGGUUGGCUUUCCUGGGCCACAGGGGCCCCUGGGUAAACCUGGACCCCCAGGAGAGCUAGGGCUGCAGGGGCCUCCAGGGGCCCCUGGGAUCCAAGGCCCUCCUGGCCCGCCUGGCAUCGGCAAACCAGGCCAGGAUGGCAUGCCUGGCCAGCCAGGCUUCCCAGGUGGCAAAGGAGAGCAGGGAUUGCCAGGCCUACCAGGGCCCCCAGGCCCCCCUGGGGUUGGGAAGCCAGGCUUCCCAGGGCCCAAAGGUGAGCGAGGUGUGGGUGGGCUGCCCGGCCCCCUGGGGCCGAAGGGGGAGAAGGGGCAUGCAGGACCACCUGGUAUGGGGGGGCCACCAGGAGAGCCAGGCCAGCCGGGAUUGCCAGGCAUCAUGGGACCCCCAGGGGCCGCUGGUUUCCCAGGACCCAAAGGAGAGGGUGGACCCGUGGGGCCACCGGGACCAGUCGGCCCUAAGGGAGAACCUGGCCUGCAGGGUUUUCCAGGAAAGCCAGGCUUUCCUGGGGAAGUGGGGGCCCCUGGGCUGCGGGGGCUGCCGGGCCCCACAGGGCCCAAGGGGGAAGCAGGACACAAAGGCUUGCCGGGGCUGCCGGGUGUCCCAGGGCUUGUGGGGCCAAAGGGUGAGCCGGGGCUCCCUGGUGCCCAGGGGCUUCAGGGCCCCUCAGGCAUCCCCGGCAUUGCAGGACCCAGCGGCCCCAUCGGCCCCCCAGGGCUGCCAGGGGCAAAGGGGGAGCCAGGCAUGCCUGGACCCCCUGGCUUCCCUGGCGUAGGCAAACCUGGGGCUGCAGGGUUGCAGGGACCCCCAGGGAAGCCUGGGGCACUCGGUCCUCCUGGCCAGCCAGGGCUCCAGGGGCCACCGGGCCCCCCCGGACCCCCAGGUCCCCCGGUCAUAAUCCCACCCACUCCACCAGCUGUGGGAGAGUACCUGCCUGAGGUGGGGCCAGGGAUAGACGGCGUCAAGCCCCCCUACGGCUACAAGGGCAAGAAAGGCAAGGCUGGUGGCAUUGUCUACGAGAUGCCUGCGUUCACAGCAGAGCUGCUCACCCCCUUCCCCCGGGUUGGGGUGCCCGUGAAGUUCGACAAGCUCCUCUACAACGGCCGGCAGAACUACAACCCCCAGACGGGGAUCUUCACCUGCGAGAUCCCCGGCGUCUACUACUUCGCCUACCACGUCCACUGCAAAGGGGCCAACGUGUGGGUGGCUCUGUUCAAGAACAACGAGCCGCUGAUGUACACCUACGAUGAGUACAAGAAGGGCUUCCUGGACCAGGCUUCAGGCAGUGCCGUGGUCCAGCUCAUGCCUGGAGACAAGGUUUACGUUCAAAUGCCAUCCGAGCAGGCAGCAGGACUCUAUGCCGGGCAAUACGUUCAUUCAUCUUUUUCAGGAUAUUUAUUGUAUCCCAUGUAAAACAAAAAACCAGACACACUCACACAACAACCCACACACACACACACAUACAUGAAGUCAAAACCUUUCUCCUCUGCUUCAACUUUUAUACCACAAAAGAUGCAUUUUAUGACCAUUUUGGACCAUCUUGUACAAAAAAAAGAAUAAAUACAAAGUUUAACAUUAUGCACAGCUAGUUAUAAAAACAAAAAGGUGUGGUGAACAUAUCUAAAGAUGCAUAUCAGGUUCAUAAGCAGUUGUUUUGCACCCAAGGGGGACAUAUUAGCUGUACGUUAUAUAUUUCUGCAAUGCCAUGCUUACUUAAUUUCAUUCACAAUAACUCAGUACUAAAGUUCAAAUUAGUGUACGUCACUCACUCCUGUUGCAUUGAUCAUAGUUAUGAGAUGAAAAACGGUGACUUAAACCAGAGUAGGUCAGUCUCUAAUUAUAACAAAAAAUUUGAGUGGCUUAUUUGUCUGGGUGGGGGGUUUCUUGGUUUUUUUGACAGCAGGUCUGCCUGACAAAGCAAAGGUUCUCGUAGCUGAAGACCUUUAUUUCCCUUCCCCCAUAUAAAAUAUUCCUGCAGGUAGUUUUUUUCCUGAAUGAUUUAUGAUGGAAAAGGAGUAUUGAUGCUGUAACUAACCAAUUCCCCUGAGUCUUCUCCAGCAGUCACUGGACUCAAAAUGCUGCCACUGACUCCAGCAGGCACUGGUUUCACCUCCAAAGGCCACAGCACUCAAAAUGUCUCUGUCUCUAUUUGCACAGCUGAAGUAGAUGAGGUAAAUCAGAGACAAAAAUGAAGAGCUCCCCAUUUACUUUGUGCCAUGUCAUUGAGACAUUUUGGCUUACACAGGGUGGCACAAAUUUGCUUGGAUGUCUGUGCUUAUACUAAGAACCCAUUUGGCUUGUCAGAAGAAACACCUAUUCUGCCACUCAGCAAAAGUUAAAUCAGUUUGCUCUUCAAUGACUAGGCAAAGCAGAAGUAGCUCUGUUUGCUGAUUAACUAAUUUGUUGCUUGAGAUCAACCGAUAAGUUUACCAGCAAUGCUGAUCACUCAAAUUUAUCCAAGAACUUCAUUCUAUCUAAAAGCUGAUUUCCAAUCCUUAUUUAUAUGUUACCAGUUGUCAAGGAGAACCUGCAGGCCUCAACCUUUCCUGUACUUGAGGACAGCGACUUCUCUGCAAGAAGUCUCUGUCUGCUCAUCAGUGGUGCUACUCUCACCUCAACAGUGUUCCGUUUCCAAAGGGCAGCGUACUUUACUGUGGUUCCCUGUACAGUGCUGCACAUCACACACUGCUGCGCUAGUUGAGUUAAAUACUCAUCACUUCUUCCAUGUCUUUAGCUAACGCUACCGCUUUUGAGUGAAAAAUGAACUAGACUUUUCAUGCAGAACUCAGAUUGGAUUUAACUGGCAUUACCAUUAUUUAAAUGCAGAGUUUAAUGCAGUCUAACAUUGACUAAGGACUCCAGUGAUAUAAUGUGGUGCUUUAUCUCAGAAAUUUUAUGGAACGGUGGCAGGAAUGGACGGACAGUUUACCAGACACUGGUGACUUCAGUAUGUUCCCAGAAUAUAUGAGAUAUGUCAAAAGCAAAUAAUUUUGUAUUUAAAAUUUUUGUACUGAUUUGAAAAAAAAAUAUCUUAUUAAAUAUCUUUAAAAAUAAAACCAAAAAACAA